AUGAAACAGCCUCCACCUUAUAACGGUAGGUGGUAAAAGUUGAUAAUUGCUAUUCGUUUUGAACUUCUCUAAGUCACGCAUUUUCAGAUGGCAACAAAUUUGAUAACACUCAUGUCCUCAUCACUCCACAAGGUAAGUCUUAUAAUUGGCAGACGAAAUAUUAUGAAAAAUGAGGAAUGUUGGACGAAGAAAAAAUGUGCUUUGACCAAUUUAUGUUUUUAAAAUUAUUUUUUUACAAAAAAAUCAAGAUGGUGACUAAAGACCAAGAGAAUGCCGUACUUAGAUUUCAAUAACGUAUGCCUUUCCAGCCUUGCCGAUCCCAGCAUCCACAGCCCCAUCAGCGCCUCCGGUCUCAUAUAAUUCCCAAUGUCUAAACCCAGCGACCUUGGAGUCUUCCCAUCAUCCUCAAUGCAUGCCCCUUCCAUCUCAUCUACCUGGAUAUUUGGAAGUUCCCAACAUCCCCCCUCCUCCUUAUAAUGCCGUAGAAUCAACUCCAAUGACAAUCGGCCAGUUGAGGGAUAUUCAAAUAGUGAUGGCCACUCAAUAUGGACCUUAUCCCAUGUCCAUGGCCUGCUACUAUUGUCAUCAUCAUAUUGUGACGAGAUUACAAAACAGAUGCGGGGUUCUGGCAUGGCUCAUCUGCGGGGCUAUGGCGCUGGUUGGGUAGGUUUAUUAGGUAUUUCUAAAUAUUACUUUAUAAAAAAGGCAUGCUAUAAUAUUUUUGACGUCUAUGAAGCGAAAGGAGUAACGAGAUAUUAAUAUGUAAAUAAGUACAUAUUUUUGAAUUCUGACACUAUGAGGUGUAUGUACGACUACGUUUUGUUAUUACUUUCGUGAGAAAAAAUGUAAACUUACUUUUGGCCAAAAGAAGUAACCAAAAGACUUUUAUUUUGUUAUGAAACGAAACAUAUUUGAUGACAAAAAAAAACAAUUUACUUUUAGAUGUUGGCCUUGUUGUAUACUCCCAUUGUGCAUCACAAAGUGCCAAGUAAGUAGCAAGAAAAUAAUUCUUAGUCACCUUUCAGGACGUCUUACACUUUUGCCCGAAUUGCAACAAUUUUCUCGGAUCAUACAAAAGAUUUUAA